AUGAUAACAAAAAUAAACUUCAAAGAUGAAUGCGUUUAUUCAGUUGGAUUCUAAUGUAGUCAGCAGAAUUAUAAUAGUUAAGACUUAUCAACUAAAUAUUUCAAUUAUAUCAAAGAGUCUUCCAUUUUUUAAAUUGAUACUCUGCUUUCUUAUAUGGAAUAGAUAAUAGACUUAUAUCGAAGCAAGGAUAUCAACCUAGUAAGAAGGCAGAAUGAGAUUUAAGGAUACCAUCAAUUAUUGAAUUUGGUAAAAGUAUCUGGAUGAUCAUAGUAUAGCAAGAAGGUAAAAUGUAAAGAGAAACAAAGCAAUGUCUUUUGAAAAAAAUAUUGAAAUAUUCAUGA